AUGGCCAAUUUUCUAGUGUUUUUUGGACUUUUUGCCAUUUUUUAUCAGGUAAACAAGUUUUUUUUGUGAAAAAAUUGAGAAAUUUGGGGAAAACGUGGUUUUUUUGUUGAUAGCAAAUUGAUAAGAAAAUGUAUUUUAUUUUGAUUUUGGCCCAGAAUUUUUUUUGCUAUAUAAAAAAUCUAUUUUUCCUGUUUUCCUAUUUUCGCGCCAAAAAUUCAAAUUCAAAAAAUUUUCAGAUCGCUUCAAUUUCUCCACAAAAAUCAACGAGAAUGGUGAGUUUUUCAGCCAAAAAAUCAUCUGAAAAUUUGAAAAUUUUCAGACUUUUGCCGAAUUGGACGCUUUGUUUGGAACCGAUCGUGUUCAACAAGGAUAUGAUGAAUUGAAGAAGGUAAAUUUUGGUUUUAAACGAUGAUCCGUGUUUACACCAUGAAUCUUGAGCGGGAAAUUCAAGAAAUUCAAAAAAUUGACCUCAAAAACCCCCUGAACUGCGAAAUUUCGGUCUUAAACGAUGCUCCGUGUUUACACCGUGAAAAUAUAGCGGGAAAUUCGAGAAAUUCAAAAUUUUUGACCUCAGAAACCCCCUGAGCUGAGAAAAUUCGGUCUUACACGAUGCUCCGCGUUUACAGUGUUAAAUUUGAGCGGGAAAAUUGUGAGAUUCAAAUUUUUGACCUCGAAAUCCUUUGGAACUACGAAAUUUCGGUUUUAAACGAUGCUCCGCGUGUACACCAUCAAAUUUGAGCGGGAAAAUUGUGAAAUUCAAAAAUUUCUCACCUCGAAAACCUUCUGAACUACGAAAUUUCGGUUAUAAACAAUGCUCCGUGUUUACAGCGUCAAAUUUGAGCGGGAAAAUGGUGAAAUUCAAAUUUUUGACCCCCAAAAACCCCAUGAUCUGAGAAAUUUCGAUUUUAAACGAUGCUCCGUGUUUACACCGUCAAAUUUGAGCGGGAAGAUCGUGAAAUCCAAAUUUUUGACCCCAAAAUCGCUCUGAACUGAGAAAUUUCGGUUUUAAACGAUGCUCCGCGUUGACACCAUAAACACUGAGCGGGAAAAUUGUGAAAUUCAAAAUUUUCGACCCCAAAAAGCUCCCGAGCUGCUAAAUUCUGGUUUUAAACGAUGCUCCGUGUUUACACCGUGAGAAUCUAGCGGGAAAUUUGUGAAAUUCAAAUUUUUGACCUCAAAAACCCCCUAAACUGCGAAAUUUCGGUCUUAAACGAUGCUCCGUGUUUACACCGUCAAAUUUGAGCGGGAAAUUUGGAAAAUUCAUAAAAUUUGACCUCAAAAACCCCCUGAACUGAGAAAAUUCGGUUUUAAACAAUGCUCCGCGUUAACAGGGUUAAAUUUCGGUGGGAAAAUUGUGAAAUUCAAAUUUUUCACUGGAAAAUCACGAUACAAACGAUGCUCCGCGUGUACACUCUCAAAUAAACCUGAUUUUUGCAGCGCUACGAUGCCGGCGAAUCAAAAUCAAUCGAUAUUCUCUGGCGCCUCGCCAAAUUUUGCAACGAAAUCGCCGGAAGAUCCGAUAAGUCGAAAAGACAACAACCAAUUGAGGAGGGCAAAAAAUACGCGUUGGAAGCGCUGGAAAUCGACGGAAAUAGUUUUUUGGCGGCAAGAUGGGCGGCUAUUAUGAGCGGAAAAUCGACCGAAUAUAUGGGAACUAAGGACAAAAUUGCGGAGGGCAAAAAAUGCAAAGAGUAUUUGGAUAAAGCGCUCACAUUGCAACCAAAAGAGGAUGCUUUGUUGCAUUUGAGAGGAAGAUGGGCUUUUUCGGUGGCGAAUUUGAGGUAGGAUCUGAAAGAGCGUGAAAUUUGCUACAAAAUGAUAUAUAAUAUGAGAAAUGUUCAAAUUUCUUAUGAUUUUUAUAUUUUAAACGAUGCUCCGCGUUUACACCUCAAAAUUUGAGCGGGAAACGUGAAAAAUUCAAAAUUUUCACUCGAUUUUCACAUUCUAAACGAUGCUCCACGUUUACACCUUGAAAUUUGAGUGGGAAAUAUGUGAAAUUCAAAAUUUUCACUCGAUUUUCACAUUCUAAACGAUGCUCCGCUUUCACACUUUGAAAUUUGAGCGAGAAACGUGAAAAAUUCAAAAUUUUCACUCGAUUUUCACAUUCUAAACGAUGCUCCCCGUUUACACCACGGAAUUUGAGCGGGAAAUUUGUGAAAUUAAAAAAUUUCACUCGAUUUUCACAUUCUAAACGAUGCUCCGCUUUCACACUUUGAAAUUUGAGCGAGAAACGUGAAAAAUUCAAAAUUUUCACUCGAUUUUCACAUUCUAAACGAUGCUCCCCGUUUACACCACGGAAUUUGAGCGGGAAAUUUGUGAAAUUAAAAAAUUUCACUCAAAACCCUGGAUUUCUAGAUUCUAAACGAUGCUCCGCGUUUACAGCUUGAAAUAUCGGCGGGAAAAUUGUGAAAUUCAAAAAUUUUCAACCAAAAUCCUGAAUUUUAUACUUUAAACGAUGCUCCACGUUUACACCUUGAAAUUUUAGCGGGAAAAUUGGGAAAUUCAAAAAUUUUCACUCAAAAUCCUGGAUUUCUAGAUUUUAAAGGGUUGGUGCUUUCCUGGUGAAAAAAUCGUCUGCAAAAAGGCGUCACAGUGUUGUGUUCAAAGUUGUGUGCAAACACACACACGAAAAUUCAAAAACAAGUUGUGCGCUAGAGCGCAUUUACAUGUUUUAUUUCGUAGGUUUUAACUCGCUUGUGUUUUUGCGGAAAAGCAUGGGCUGAAUUGAUACUAGAAUUUUUUCUAAAACUGGAACCUUCCAGGAGCACCUUAUUCCUAUCUAAACCAAGCAAGAUUCCCUGGCGGAACACCAACCCUUUAAACGAUGCUCCGCGUUUACACCACGGAAUUUGAGCGGGAAAUUUGUGAAAUUCAAAUUUUUUGGUCUCAAAAAAAGCGGAGCUUCUCCCCGAAGGCCCUAAAAAAGCCCGAAAAGCCUAUUCGAUGUCUAAAAGACCCCAAUUUUUUGCAGCUGGCUCGAACGAAAAGCCGCCGCUCUUCUCUACGCCGAACCACCAACUGCAACAAUCGAAGAAGCAAUCGCAGAUCUCAAAGCCGCUUAUGACAUCAAUCCAAAAUGGAUCGAUAAUUUGGUGGCGCUGGGAAAAGCUCUAAUUGCUAAAGGAGAUAAAGGAGAAGCUAAAAAGUAUUUGGAAGAAGCGCUGGAAUUGCCACCAAAAAAUGAUGCGGAUAAAGAAACUUUGGCUGAAGCCAAGGAUUUGCUCAAAAAAUGUUGA